AUGGCUCUCGUGGAUUACUCUGACUCGGAUGCAUCCGAUGUCGAAGAAACUCCCGUUGUCAAACCAGCGGCGAAUUCGUCAAAGCCAGCAUUUCAAAAGGUAGUCGAUCGAGCAAAUCCAGGCAAAAUCCGAGUUUCACUACCGCAAACCUCUACGAAAAACGACACUCAAAGCGAUGAGCCUCCUACGAAACGAGCGAAGAUAGGAGGGGGAGCAUUCAGUGGGUUCAACUCGUUCCUUCCAGCGCCGAAACGGACAGGGCAGACGAGCACAACAUUAGGAGGUGGCAAUGCAGUCAAGAAGGGUGGUCUUGGGGCAGGUGUGAACUUGAAGACGGGAGCAGCUCCAGGAUUCAGCAGAGAGCCAGAGCCGGAGAGAGAAUAUACUGAGGAACAAGCGUCUACGAGUGGAGGAAAUGGGUUAACUCUUCCUCCACCACAAGCAUCACAAAACGAAGAGAAGUCUGCCGAGGAGGUUAAAAUGGUCGGAAAGCCUUUGAUGUUUAGGCCUUUAUCAGUUUCACGGAAGCCGAAGAAGAAAACGGUUGCCCAACUCUCUGCGGCGGCUUCCAUUCCCUCCACCCCUGCCAAACCUCAGCCUAAAGCAGAAACACCUGCACCAAAACCCAAGGUAUCGCUAUUUUCAAUGGGGUCGGAGGAAACAAGCACUAUGACACCUUCAAACGGAGAAUACAAACCAAUGAUGCUCGACACACCAGAGCAGGAAUCACAGGAAUCAGAGGACCCUUACAGCCUGGAACCUUCGUACGAAGACUUUACCCCAAAUGCCUCUCAGUCUGGCCUUGCACUACCAGCAGUCCCUACACCCCCAGUAUCACAGUCCCUCGACGACAUAGCUGGAGACCUCAACCUUUCUGCCGCGGAACGACGACAGCUCUUUGGAAGACAGAAGGGUGGUCGAGGGAAUAAGUCUGCCACGAAGGUUAUCAAUUUCAAUACAGAUGAAGAAUACCUACAUAAUGAGGAGCUCAGAGCUGCUGGAGAGCAAGUUUCUCAUAACCCUGUUAGAUCUAUUGCGCCUGGUAAACACAGCCUGAAACAGUUAGUCAAUGCUGCGCAGAGCCAAAAGGAAGCGUUGGAGGAAAGCUUUGCGAAGGGCAGAAACAACAGAGCCGAGGCAAGCAGCAGGUAUGGAUGGUAA